GACCCCUCUGGUUUUCAACCUCCUAAUAAUAUCUGGGUUUAAGCUUUUGCGGAUUUGCCAAUCGCUGCCCUGAAAACCCUCCCGUCUUUCUCUUCUCUAAGCGGUUUCAGAGAAAGAAAUGGUUGCAUCGGCAAUUUCACCUCCCUUUGCCUUCUCUUCUGUUUCUUCUCGCAACAAAAAUCUUUCUAUUUCAUCAUUCCCUCUCAGAAACUCAACGACGUCGGUGUUGUGCGCACUGCCAACUCCCUGCGGUUAUGAUUCUUCUACAACUGGAUUAUCUAGUAAAUUUUCUGGGUUACCUCUGAGGACUAAAGAGAAGGACCUUCUUGGUAUUGAUCAAAGUCAUGGAGUGGUGGAAGCCAAAAAGGGGAAUCCACCCCUAAUGCCUGCUGUAAUGACUCCAGGAGGACCUUUGGACCUUUCAUCUGUGUUGUUUAGGAAUCGCAUAAUCUUCAUUGGGCAGCCAGUCAACUCGCAGGUUGCACAGCAAGUAAUAUCACAACUUGUAACUCUAGCAGCUAUUGAUGAGGAUGCAGAUAUUCUGGUGUAUUUGAACUGCCCUGGUGGAAGCACCUACUCUGUAUUGGCAAUUUAUGAUUGUAUGUCAUGGAUAAAGCCUAAGGUUGGCACAGUUUGCUUCGGGGUAGCUGCAAGCCAAGGGGCACUUCUUCUUGCUGGUGGAGAGAAGGGAAUGCGAUAUGCAAUGCCAAAUGCACGUAUUAUGAUUCAUCAACCUCAAAGUGGAUGUGGGGGUCAUGUGGAAGAUGUAAGGCGCCAAGUGAAUGAAGCAGUCCAAUCUCGCCAUAAAAUUGACAAAAUGUACGCAGCUUUUACUGGCCAGCCUUUAGAAAAAGUGCAACAAUAUACUGAGAGGGAUCGCUUCUUAUCUGUUACGGAGGCAAUGGAGUUUGGUCUCAUUGAUGGUAUUCUAGACACGAAAUAUUGACAUAAACGAUCAUCUCUGUAAAGACCUUUGAAUGAUUUUUUGGAACUUGAUCAUACCACAAUGGUUUCUUCUUAGUUUCAACCAUCAUUUCUGAGUUCUUAAUUCCCCAAAUUAAUGGAAAUUCUUAUCAGUGUUCAAAGGCAAUGUCUAUAGAACUCGUCACUACUUUUUCCCAGUUUUGACUUCAAUGACACAACAGAGCAUCAAAA